CACACGUUUUCAUCACACUUUCUUAUUUCUUAUUUUAUAUUUCUUCCUUUUCUGCUCUGCAACAAAAGCCUCUUUCAACCAUUUACAUCACCGAUUCAACACACCCUCCUUCCUCCCCAUACAUCAUCACAUGAGUGUGUGUGUGUGUUUCGUUCACGAAUGCAAAAGAGGAAAGAGAACGAAGGUGGUGUUGAGUAUAUAGAUUAUAUAGUAAGAGGGGCUCAUCGCAUGUUUGCUUCACGCAAGCAACUAAAUAUGUGGGGGUUAACCCUUUCCCUCCCUCGCGUGGCUUUAAAGACUUCUUCUAUAUACCCUUUUUAAAUAAUCAUCAUUAAAAUACUAACACCCCACCAAACCCUAAAUUCCUACAAUAUUACAAACUUCCCUCCUUCUUCUUCUUCCUCUUCCUUUUCCUAUUCUCCCUCUUCCUUAACUUAAUCCCUUCCCUCCCUUCAAAACUCAUGAUCUUACACUAACCCUAGCUAAACCAAACAAAAAAAGCUACGACCCUUUAAAGAUGAGUAUAAACUCUAGUUGUAGUGGUGGCAACAAUAGUAACAAUAACAAUGGUGGUGGUAACAGUAGUGGUGGUAGCCCUUGUGGAGCCUGCAAGUUUUUGAGGAGAAAGUGCGUGCCUGGUUGCAUCUUUGCUCCAUACUUUGAUUCGGAGCAAGGUGCCACGCAUUUUGCGGCGGUGCACAAGGUUUUUGGUGCUAGCAACGUUUCCAAGUUGCUCCUUAACAUUCCGGUGCAUAAGAGGCUUGACGCGGUGGUCACAAUUUGCUAUGAAGCACAGGCACGGCUUAGAGACCCUGUGUAUGGUUGUGUUGCUCAUAUCUUCGCACUUCAGCAACAGGUGGUGACUUUGCAAGCAGAACUUUCCUACUUACAAGGGCACCUUGCAACCCUAGAGUUACCCCAACCCCAACCACCACCACCACCUUCUUCUCCACAAGCAACCAUGGCACCUCCGGUGGUCUCAGUAGCUGAACUCCCAUCAUUAACCACUUAUGACCUCUCAACACUUUUUGAUCCCAUGGCCCAGACUCCUUCAUGGGCCCUGCAGCCCAACAGGCCCAUAGACUCACGUCAAUAUAUGGGUAGUAGUGGCACAUCAACCACUACUAGUGCUAGUGCUAGUGGUGGUGAUCUUCAAGCAUUGGCUUGUGAGCUUUUGCAUAGACAUGGAUCUUCCCCUCUUGCAUGCUCUAAUCCCUCUUCCUCUCACAACAUUUCCAAAUGAAUAUUCCUUGACUUAUAUAAUCCACUAAUCUUUGUCUUCGCUUCAUAUGUGGAAGACUAGGAAUCAAGAGAUCUUGAAUUUUCAAUGUUUCAUAUGAGAAAGUAAUUAAUAUAAUGGAUCUAUAUUUUUUUUUAA